UCUCUGUGGUAUCUGUUGGGCUGCGUGACAGCCGGUCUAGGCAGUGGGCGCAGGCGCCAUGAUCCGGGUUGCAAUUAGCUGUUAAUAACGGAGCCAGGCCUGGGCGCGAGACGGGCCAGGGUGCCCCAGCCCUGGCAGCUCACUGGUGCUUUGCCUCCCACUGGCAGGCGGCGAGAGGGACGCUCAGGUUCUCCUCGCCUCAAAGCCGGGGGGCGAGCGCCAGGCGGCUCUGGGCAGCAGCCAGGACGGCAGCAGAGCUAUACAGGCAGUCCUUGGACUUACGACACAGUUGGUUCCUGAACAUUGCCUCAUAAAUUGAAGUCUUGUAACUCGGAACCGCAAUACACGCCAUUGUGGGACCGAGCAUCGUAAAGUCGAAACAAAUUUUCAAAUCUGUGAAGAAGACAUGACUUCCAGUGGCAAUAAUGCAGAGAGCGUGAACCCUGUGCUCAGAAUAAGUCAGCUGGAUGCUCUUGAACUAAACAAAGCCUUGGAGCAGCUAGUUUGGUCCCAGUUUUCCAGCUGUUUUCAUGGAUUUAAACCAGGGCUGUUGGCUCACAUUGAACCAGAAGUAAAAGCAUUUUUAUGGCUUUUCUUGUGGAGAUUCACCAUCUAUUCUAAGAAUGCAACUGUGGGACAGACUAUUCUGAAUAUUCAGUACAAGAAUGACUUAUCUCAAACACAGAAAUAUCAGCCAUUGAGCAAACACCAGAAGUUAUGGUAUCUUAUCUGCACUGUUGGCGGAAGGUGGUUGGAAGAAAGAUGCUAUGAUUUGUUCAGCAGUCGCCAGCUAGAGUCAUUCUUCAGAACCAAGCAUUUCAUUAAUUUUGUAGCUGGACUUCUAAAACUUUGUGGACUAUUGAACUUUCUGAUUUUCCUUCAGAAAGGAAAAUUUGCAACAUUUACCGAACGCAUUUUAGGAAUUAGAUCUGUCUUUUGUAGGCCUCAGAAUGUUCGUCAAAUAGGGUUUGAAUACAUGAACAGGGAACUUCUUUGGCAUGGCUUUGCUGAAUUUCUCAUCUAUCUUCUACCACUCAUUAACAUGCAAAAGCUCAAACUCAAAAUUUCAUCUUGGUCUUUGCCUAUUGCAGUUUUUUCCAACAGUGAAAACACUUUAGCAGCACAUUGCAAGGAAUGUUCUGUAUGUGGGGAGUGGCCAACUAUGCCUCAUACCAUAGGCUGCUCACAUGUUUUCUGCUACUAUUGUAUUAAAAGCAACUGCUUAUUUGACAUGUAUUUUACCUGUCCUAAGUGUGGUACAGAGGUACACAAUAUUCAGCCAUUGAAAUACAAGAUUGAAAUGACAGAAGUUCACACCCUCUAGAGUUUUUUGCAGUGCACUUGAAGCACAUACUUUAGAGUAAACUGUGUAGUAUUCAUAACCACUAUUAAAUUGAUCAUAUUGUCAUAUUUGUUUACAGCAGUUUGAUCUUUGUGUCUUAUGUCUGUGGAUAUAAUAAAGUCUGUAUUGACAUUAAUUUCCAUAUACUAAUAUAAAAUUGUAAUUUAACCAUUAUUCCAAUUAUAAUCAAAGAUUCAUGGGACUAUAUUGAUGGUAGCUAUCCACAUAUUUCAUCAACUGCCUUCUAUAAUCACCAUAAAAGACAUUCCUUUUAAACUACUUUUGAGGUAAGUAACUCAUUAGCAUCUAUAAUAAAGUAGUGAGAUCACCUAAAGAAAAAUGGAGAGCUGCACCCUAGGAUGUAUCAGCAAAAAAUAAUAAUAAUAAUGUUCUCUUAGUACUGGGGAAUAGGCUUAAAAGUACCUUUUAAACAUUUUUUGCCACUUUGUACCAUUAAGUCAGUUUAAAUUCAUUGCAGUGAAUCUGUUCCCUAGUUGUCCCAACCAAAUACAUCUACCGUUCCAGGCUACUAAGUGGAUACCACCUAAAAGUCAUAGGGUACUUUUAUUGCCUUUAUAAAUAUUUAUUAUAGGCAUUCAUAUACCACAGUGAUAAACGUGGGUCUCUUUGUUUGGUUAUUUUCAUUGUUGUACCACAAUUUCACUGGAUAUCAAUUAUCAGUACAGCUCUGCAAUAGCAGAGCACCAAACUCUGAAGUUGUCAUAAAUAACAGGUGUUUUAGUGUGUGUGUCUGGGGUGGGUUCCUUAGCAAUACUAGAUUUUUAUUUUUUUUUUUUACACUACGUAAUUAGGUGAAGUCUUGGCUGCGAAGGAGUCAAAACAACCAUUGAGAAGCCAAUUCUUCCCCUCCAAACUGUUUAGAAGACAUUUGACACUGGGUUAAUAUUUUUAAGGGAGGAAAUUUUGGAGCUAAAACUUCAGUAGUUAGCAGCUUCCCUUUAACACUUAAAUUUAAUGUUAUAUUUUCAAAACAGGAUCUUAACUGCUGCUGUAUUUUGUGACAACAGAAAAUUCCUAAAAUGUAUGUCUUUCCUAAAGAUAUGAGGAAAAAAAUUCAGCUAAUUUGUGUUCUAUCCUAAAGAUAACUGCCUUUGUUGUGUCUAUUCAUUUAUUGUAUGGAUAAAAUAUCACUAAUUAUACUGUCAUCUAAAAGGUGUAUGUAAUAAAAACAAAAUGUCUGCUGAUACUUUCUA